GCCAGAUUCACUGCUGAGUUCUUGAGAUUCCGUGCUUAGGCAAUGGAGACAAUCAAGAAGCGGGAGAAGUGCAAAUCGGGGUUCAUAUUCAUGUGCAGUGAGAGGACGAAGGAGGAGUGCUACGUGAAUCGUGUCUUUGGAUUGCCGAGGAAUCAGCUGGAAAUGGUGGCCAAGAUCGAGGCUGGCACCGUCCUCUUCCUCUUUGACCUCGAUCGGAAGCUCUUGUUCGGUCCUUAUGCCGCUUCCUGCAACGGUGGCGCUGAUUUGGUACCUGAGGCCUUCGGCGGGAGGUUCCCUUCUCAGGUGAAGUUUGAGAUAAUUGAGGAUUGCCUGCCUCUUCCCGAGAGUGUUUUUAAGGAUGCUAUACUUGAUAACUACACAACAAAAUUCAAGUUUAAACCAGAGCUCAGUUCUGACCAGGUAGAUAAGUUAUUAUCCUUAUUCCGUCCUAUCAGUUUACUUGAUCAGCUGCCAUCACAAGUCAUUCACAAUCCACUACAUGAAUCGUUAACCCUUUUGGCUCCAUCAAAUUCAGAUGGAAUCCCUAUUGUAGCAAAUGAUGAAGUGGUGGUCCCUGCUUCCAACCCUCUUGUUGGUUCAUCUGCUGUUACUAGUAGCUUGUUGCGGAUGUCAGGGUUCAUCUUCAUGUGCAGCAAUAAGACAAAGGCAGAGUGCUUUGUGAAUUAUGUAUUUGGGAUGCCCAGGAAGCAGUUGGAGCUGGUGGAGAAAAUCAAUCCUGGAACAAAAUUAUUCCUCUUUGACUUUGAUGAAAAGCUUCUCUAUGGUAUCUUCAAUGCCAUCACCUGGGGUGGAGCUAAUUUGGUGCCAACGGCUUUUGGUGGGAAAUUUCCAGCCCAGGUCAAGUUUGAGAUUCUACAGGAUUGCACACCUCUUUCAGAAAAUAUCUUUAAGGAAGUUAUACAUGAGAACUACACAACAAAGUCCAAAUUUAAUCCAGAGCUCAGUACCCGGCAGGUUAUCAAAUUGUUGUCCUUGUUCCUACCUGCUGGUUUGCUAGGAAAUCACUUCCACAACUACCUCGGA